AUGCAGUUCGUCGUACUCGCCGCCUUGAUCGCUGUCGCCGCAGCCAAUUCCGAAUACCUUGGCCAAACUUCUUCAAAUUCCGCUUCCAAUUUUCGUUCUUAUUCACCUUCAACGUACGAGGUCAAGGAAUACCCCACUCAGCCGUACUCCUUCAACUGGGCCGUCUACGACGGUUACGGCAACGACUACGCCCACUCUGAGAGCAGCGAUAGCAAAGUAACCACCGGCAGUUACCGCGUCCUCCUUCCAGAUGGUCGUGUUCAAAUCGUAACGUACAAAGAUGAUGGCUACGGAUACAUUGCUGAUGUCAAGUACGAAGGUGAAGCCAAGUACCCCGCUCCAUCCGCCUACUCCACUCAGGCUUACUCCGCACCUGUAUUCACCCCUCAAGUUGUCACUGCUCCAGCUGUAUCAUCUCGUACUUACUCCGCACCAGUUGUUACCGCUCCUGCUGGUCCUGCUCGCGUUUUAACUACUUCAUCUGUUAUCGCUCCGGGUGUUAACUCACGCACGUAUUCCGCACCGGUCUUCGUUUCUUCUGCCGGCCGCACUUUGGGAGCCAACUCGCGUACUUAUUCCGGCCCUGUUCUCACCUCUUCCUCUGUCACGGCUCCAGGCGCUUCCUCUCGCACUUAUUCCUCACCGGUCUUCACUUCUCCUGCGUCCUCAUCUACCGUAUUCACCUCGUCUUCCGUCAGCGGACCUGCCGCAGUUUCCCGCACUUACUCCGCACCAGUAUUUACAUCUGAUGACUCCGCUUUUGGCCGUGUUUCGCAGAUCGGCACUGGUCCGGCAACUGGAUCCGUCUACAUGACUUCCGGUAACGUUGCUCGCGACUACUAA